GGGCAGGGCGCGCCGCGCCGCCGGCGGGCGGGGAAGGGGAGGCCGCGGGCCCGGGGCUCCUGUGCCGGCGGCGCUCCGGCUGCAAGGUCUCUUCCUCUGCCGGUGUACGUUUGUCACCCCCUGCUCCACCAAACAAAACCGAAAAAUGUGCCCUUAGCCGAAAAUUGGCGGUGGUUCUGCUGCCGUCCGUGGGUCCCCGCUCUUGGAGAGCAUCCGCGUAUUCCCAGCGUAAAAGUGCUGGGAUUUGUGACAGCGCCCGAAAGCCGCGGAUCUGUUCCCGCUGGCUUGCUUCUCCUCUCGGGGAUGUGUUCACUCUCUCGGGUACGUGUGGGAUAGCGUGGCCUCGGCAAAGGCGAGUUUGACUUGUCACGGCUCAGCUGUCCCGGGAGAUGGAGCGGCACGGGCAGCACACGGUGAUGAUCACUUUCCUCCUUCUUUAGGGGGUCAAACGUGGUACCCUGUUAAGUACUUUAAUUCAUAUUUGUUUUGAAGCCAGCCGCUCAUUUUGGGUCAGAUAAAAGUAGUGUGGUCUGUCGUACAGGAGGUCCCAGGCUUCUGGCAAGUGUCUUGUGUUCUGGCUGAUGCUGAGCACACCCAGACCUGGGAAAAGAAGAGGAACACAUCCCAAACUGGUGAAAGAGCCUCAGUCUUUCUGGAGUAAUUACCAGACUCUGCUAAACAGAAAUUAAUGGAAAAAUGAGUUUUACUUAAAUGCAAGAGAUGCUUGUGUACUUCUAGCAACCAAGCUUGUUUUCUUGUAUUAUCUUAAAAGUUGAUACAAUUGCACACAAAGCCUUUUAAAUUUCUGUUUAUGUGGCAAAGAAAAAACGUGAUAUCAUAUUUUUUCCUGUGAAUUGUAAACAUUUAGAAUAUCUCUAAUGCUUUAACUUUUUUUUUUUUGCAGAUUAAUUAACUUACUGAAGCAUUGUUAAGGAGCUAGAAUGGGAGUGAAAGGAGCUUGAAUUAUUUAGUCCCAAUUAGGUUUUAAGUUUGUUUUAUCAUACAAGUUCCUCACUGCCAUAAUGAGGCUAGUGAUUCUUGAAGAUUAUGAUCAGGCUAGUGAAUGGGCUGCCAAAUACAUCUGUAAUCGUAUUAUCCAGUUCAAGCCAAGUCAAGGAAGAUACUUCACACUUGGUCUACCAACAGGCAAUACACCUUUGGGAUGCUACAAAAAGCUGAUAGAGUAUCACAAAAAUGGAGAUCUCUCUUUCAAAUAUGUAAAGACUUUCAACAUGGAUGAAUAUGUAGGGCUUCCCAGAAAUCAUCCAGAGAGCUAUCACUCCUAUAUGUGGAAUAACUUCUUUAAGCAUAUUGACAUAGAUCCGAAUAAUGCUCAUAUCCUUGAUGGGAAUGCACCAGACUUACAGGCGGAGUGUGAUGCAUUUGAAAAGAAAAUUGAAGAAGCAGGGGGGAUUGAUCUGUUUGUUGGAGGCAUUGGUCCAGAUGGCCACAUUGCAUUCAAUGAACCCGGAUCAAGUUUGUCUUCAAGAACAAGAUUAAAGACUUUAGCAAUGGACACCAUUUUGGCAAAUGCUAAAUACUUUGAUGGAGACUUAUCUAAAGUACCAACUAUGGCGCUAACAGUUGGUGUGGGUACAGUGAUGGAUGCUAGAGAAGUAAGAACUCAUUUAGUUCUAGUUGCAUGUGUGUUUUCAAGAUUAGUUGGUAUUGAUACUGGGAUUGAAAGUAAAGAGACCUUUGUUUUGCAGGUGAUGAUUCUUAUAACAGGUGCACACAAGGCUUUUGCACUGUACAAAGCAAUUGAAGAAGGAGUCAAUCAUAUGUGGACAGUUUCUGCUUUCCAGCAACACCCUCGCACUAUCUUUGUGUGUGAUGAAGAUGCUACUUUAGAACUAAGAGUUAAAACUGUGAAGUACUUUAAAGGUUUAAUGCAUGUGCACAAUAAGCUUGUGGACCCACUGUACAGUAUGAAAGAAAACUGAAAAGAAGACUGAAGAGGAGCUCCAUGUGGGUCAGCAGCAACAGUUUUAGGUAGCAGAUGAGUUCACUGCUAUGCAAUAUGCUGAAAACUGUUUAAAAUGGGAAAUCCUAGGUACUGUAUUUUUAAAAAGGUCCAAUAUCCGUAUAUGCACAUUCCAUCUGUUUGCUGUGUUGUGCAUUUUGUUUUAACAUUUGGAGCUCUGCUGUUGGCUGGUACAUCACUAAAUGGAACAGAACAAACUUGGGAGAGACUGCAUGUUAUGUAGGGAGGGGAAAAGCAGAGCACUUUAGCACAGCAAUGUAUUGCAUCUGCCUCAUGGUAGAGAUGAUGACACUUCAUUUCCCAGAAUUCUUUAUUUUUGGCUUGGUUAGUAUAAUUACAUUUUGCAUUUGUGUCUCUAGGCAGAAUGGUUUUGGCCUUUGUUAAUACUAUGGACUUGUAAUAGUUGUACAAUUUUUACUAUGAAAUGUUCUGUUUACAUAUAUCUAAUGUACACUGAGCUUUUGCACUUGGUUGCCUUAAAUUUGUCUUAAACAGUUUUUGGGCAUCUCAAGUCCUGCUGUAUAUUUCAGGCAAAUGAAGAUACAAAAACAGUGCCUAAAAAUGCACCAAAUUCUUCGAAGUUAAAACUUGCUCCAUGGAUAAAAAUAUUAAACUUCUACAAUAGCACUUUUUCUUCUCAUGUACUUCAGAUUACUUUAGGAUUUUUGUAUUUUUGGUAAUCAAGCUUUAUACAUAAGGAAAAAAAUCUCAGUGUUCCUUCCUGGAGGUAUCUGGUCAAUUAUAUAACUGAUGUCACAGUUAAAUGCCUGAAAAGAGAAUUUACAGGGCUAUAAUGUUUGCAAAUAAUCAUUUAAAGCCAACGGUUAAUCACUUUUUCUUUGUAUCAUUAUGAACAUUGAGCUGUUACAAGGAAUGUUAUUUCCUACUUUAAAUAUAAGUAAAACUUAAAUAUAAAUCUCUUAAUUUCAAAAUUGUUUCAUUUGUAAUAUAAAUUGUCAUGAGUAAAUUAUUCAGAAUUUCAGAGAGUGAUUAGGCACCAAAGGAGAAAUAAGAAUUUGCUGAUGAAGUAAAUUUUUUGGGAAAGCCCUUGUAUAAAAUACUCCCUGCAAAAAGUGCAACUAAGUGUAACUUCAGCAAUUUUACUUUUCACCUAAAUGACAGGAAUGUAGUCUUUAUUACAAAAUCACAUUAUACCCCCAGGGAUGUGGCAGAGUCUAAUCUAGGCUCACCUUUCUCAUAAAUGAUUUUUUUAUACACAGGGUCUUUUCUAAUCUGGACUGUUCUCUCAUUUGUGACAUUACAAAAGCAUGGAAGAAUCUGUCUAUAGCAGUGUAUAAGCCAGGCCUAGUGUUUUCAUUCUCAACAGUACAUUGAACAUCCAUACACUUAAAACAGCUUUAAGGCUCAGUUUAUGCACAUGUAUUUUUGAAGCCCAAUGCAACAUUGUGGGGAAAAAAGUUGAAAAGACUGCCUUUCAGAAGAAUGUUGUUACAGGUAAUGUAUGAUUCAAAAUGCAGUGUUAGGUUUGCCAUUAGCCUUUAUAGCUAAGCAAGUUUAUAAACAAUUCUAUAACAAAAAGCGUGAAACUAAAAUUAGUAAUGACUUUAGGUCACAUCCUUCACGUGGCAAAAUGUAGAAUUCUAUUGAAAGAAUAUUCAUGUUCUUUAUUCAAGCACAUUUUUCAGUCAUGUGCAUCAUUUGGCAACCUUACCCACUAAAGCCCUUUGUGUUCUCAGGACAUAUGCGAUCACAGAAUUAUUAUCUUUUCCCCUUUUUAACUGCUCAACCUGUGAAACACACAUCACUUUAAAUACUGGUACAGCAAAACCUGUCUGUCCUUGAGUGGGUCUGGGACCGUUUCUGCCUCUUUAAGAACUUGAAUGCCUCUUGUUUUUUGGUUGUUCUCCAGCUUGUUUCUCUUGUUACGCUAUUUUUUUUUUUUAAUUAUGAGCUCUAUAGGAUUUUAAGAAGUUUCAGUAAAUUACUUUUAAGUAAGUUUUUUUGAAGUACUACCACACUGUUUCCAUUAUUUAAUUCCUUAAGAAACUUUCAGUCAUUUCAAAAUACCAUUUCUUCAGGAGAGUACUUUCCAAACUUGUUAACUACUAAUAGCAACCCUUUCUGUUGCAUAAAAUUUAACAUGUUACUCUGCAGUAAUGGCAAAGCAAGUAUUUUCAAGUUCAGUAGGUCUUAAGAAUAAAUUCUAACUUAGCCUAGCACAUAAAGGUUCCAUUUUAUUCUUUUUCUCAUUUUAAGGUAUUUUCAAAGGAAAAGGGGAAAAGGAAAAGUAACUACUUAGAAUCAGGUACUUUGUGUCAAAAACUAAUACUUCAUGUACCGUACAAGUACUAGCCAGUUCAUUUACAGUUCUUGCUGUCAAAACUGAUGUAUGUACAAGUCCUCUCAGAAUUAAGUCUACAAUUUAUAUUUUUUUUCUGCCUCAGUUGACUAUAGUAAGGUUAAAGCAGAUUGUCAAGGCAGCUUUAGACAUCUAUUUAAUUCAUUUAAGUAGGUAACAUACACUUGAUGUGUCACUCAGCAAGGAUAUGACUUACUGUUUGGAUAAUCUCUAGCUUACCUUUAGCUUCUGCUUUAUUCCUUAGUACAGAACCAGUGCUUUCUUACAGGUCUAGUUCAAGGAGUGGGGGAGGACCCCAUUUUAGCUCCUUUGCUCCUAGCAUUUAUCCCUGCAUCUGUAGUUCUUUAAAUGCUAGCUUUUACAGGGCAGGAGUAAUAAAUAUGUUGGAGAGCUUUAUCCACAGCAUCCUUGCCUCAGGGUGAGUAGUAGCAGCUUAGGUACCUUUAUUAGAUGUACAGAUACCUUGUUGACAUCCAGAUCUUUUGUUUUUCAGUGCACCUGAAACAGCUUCAAAUUAAAAAAAAAAAAAAACAAUAACAAAAAAAACCACUAAACAACC